AAACGCAAUGCCGAUUUGAACUGUGGGUAAUUUGCCAAACACUUCCUCUUUGUCGCCGGUUGGAAAAUUUAUUAUUUUUUGCUGCAAAGAUGGGUAUGCGUCGAGGUAGAAGCAAUAAAAACCCACCGGUUUUUAGCCAUGAGUUUGUUAUUCAAAAUCAUGCAGAUAUAACAUCAUGUGUGGCCAUGGUUUUUGUGAUAGGACUCAUGUUUCAGGCAACUUCACCUGUAGCAUCCUUGUUUGUAACCCUUCAGCACAAUGUAACAAUCAAUGGUACAGAAAAUGCAGAGCCAUACAAUAUGUACACAUGUGGAAUCAAAGAUUUGUUCACUGUAUUUUUCUACCUGCUGAUUGCCAUCAUUGCACAUGCUGUUGUUCAGGAAUAUGUCCUUGAUAAACUGAAUCGUAAAAUGCAUCUAUCCAAAGUGAAGCACAGCAAGUUUAAUGAAUCUGGACAGCUCAUGACGUUUUACUUUGCUUCAGCUGCAUGGGGUAUUGACACCAUUAUGAGGGAAGGAUUUCACAGUAUCAACCAGUUAUGGCAGGAGUACCCACACAACAACAUGCCAUUCAUGCUCAAGUUCUACUUUAUCAUUCAAAUGGCAUACUGGGUUCACAAUUUCCCAGAGCUCUAUUUCCAGAAAGUUAAAAAGGAUGAGAUGCAGGGUAGAAUCCAAUACACAGUGCUUUACCUUGUGUUUAUUGUAGUCGCCUAUUCUCUCAAUUUUACGAGGGUAGCUCUGCUGAUGAUGGUCCUGCAUUAUAUUGUAGAAAGUGUAUUCCACUUAGCACGCUUAGUAUACUUUGCAGACAAACUUGAUAUAGCCAAUCAUUGCUUUAUGGUGUUCAAUGUCUUGUUUGUCCUGGUACGACUAGGGACAAUAACUCUAGCUGUCCUUACAUUCUGGUACGGACUUCAACAAUCUAGUCAAGAUUCUAUAGAUGUUGCUGCCGGCAACUUCAACACAAGACUUGUCAGAAUCACUUGUCUGACGGCCACUUGUCUGCUACAGGCAUGGAUGAUGUGGAAUUUUAUUACCUUCCAUUUGAAAAGAAUCCGAGAACGUACUGUGGCCACACGUAAACUUCGCUCGCCCACCAAGAAGAAGGGUAAAGGUGAGUGAA